AUGGCCUCGUCGGAGCCACUCGACCUGGUCGUCACCGUCGUCUCUGCAAAGCACCUGAAGAAUGUCAACUGGCGUAACGGAGACCUGAAACCCUACGUUGUUCUGUACCUUGACCCGGAUCAUCGCCUCUCCACCCGCUCCGAUGAUUCCACAAAACCGGUGUGGAACGAGCGGAUCACUCUUCCUCUCACCCGAUCCGUCCACGAAUCGGUCCUCAACAUCGAGGUUCUUCAUUCCAAUUCGUCGGAUCUGGAAAAAACCCUCGUCGGAUCGGUUAGGUUUCCUCUGGCUCGGUUGGUUGACUCGGAGGGUGCGAUGAUUCCCGAAUUGAUCAACUCGCUCGAGCUGGUGCGUCCGUCGGGUCGGCCGCAGGGGAAGAUACGCCUAAAGCUCGCGAUCAACGAGCGGCCGAUCCCUCCACCGCAGCAUCAUCCUCCUCCUCCGCCGCGCCCUCAAUCCCAACCGCAAGAUUACUAUUCGGCCCCUCAAGGAAACCAUUAUUACUCCCCAACCCCUCCUCCUCCUCCACCUCCGAUCGCAACUCCUCAUCGUGAUUACAGAGAAUUCUCACCGUCUCCUUAUCCGUUCACCGAUCACUACUAUUCCGGGUUUUAUUACCCGCCUCCUCCUCCACGUUCGAUGUACGAUCGUGCCUCCAAUUACGGUCCGCCAAGUGGCCCAUCUGCUCCCGUCGAUGCCUUCUCCUCCAUCGAUCACAAGCCGCUUCCUUUAGCUCCUCGGUUUUCCAACUACGCUCCACCGCCGAGUGGGCCAUCAGCUCCGGUCGAUGCCUUUCCGGUGAACGAGUACAAGCCACAGGCUCCUCCUGUGAUGGGUUCGAGAUUGUCUAGCUACGGAGUGCCAGGUGGCCCGUCGGCGCCGGUCGAUUACUCUCCUUAUGAUCACAGGCAGCUGCAGAAGAAUAUGGGCGGAUUGAGCUUGGAGGAAGAGAGAGCUGUUGCAGAGAGGUCUGAGAGCGACUUCGGAGCUAGGCCGAGCUACAGCUAUGGCCGCGAUUAUCGCCGUGAAUGUUAA